AUAAUAAAUACAUCGAAUAAUAAUUACAAUAUAUUAUUGUAAUUUAUAGUUUUAGUGCAAUUAUAAUUUGUGAUAUUAACAGAUAUUGAAUUUGGAAAUAUGGUUGAGAUGGCCCGUCACGUGAUAUCCGUGUGCAUCUUCUGCUUUAUAUGUGCGACGCACACGCCGUGCGCCUCGCACGGCACCAUGGAGCAUGAGCAGACGCGUAUCGGCCGCGCCUAUCAUGAUUCGCAUAAUUCGCCCGCCGUUGAGGACUUAAGGGCGGGCGCACCACGGACACGUAUCAAGGUCGAAGAUGGGGCCCGACACCAUCAUCACGAAGACGACCUGACCGCUUUUCACAAGGACACGAGACGGAAACGACACGACAAAGCCGACAAUGAACCGAGUGACGUGUUUGUGCGGAAGAUAUUCAGCAAAUUUGGCGACGGUGACAGACUGACGGUUGCCGAGUUCGAGCGACUAGUGCAGAAAUUGAACUUGUCCCAAGUGAUUUCGGACAAUUGGUCGGACAAUGGGCACACGCACGAAAUUGAGGAAGUACCUGUUGCAAACGGUACUAACAAUGCGACCACAAAAAAUAAUACAUGUUUGGAUGGACCAGUGUUAAACAAGUUGGCUUUAUCCGCCGGCGACGGUACAAAUUCAAACGUUAUCGGCGUCGACGCAUUUAUCAAUACCUGCCCAGCUUUGCUGUACAGCAUGUUGGUACCAGGCUGCGGAGAUGACUACCACGAUGAUCACGGCCACGAUCACGAUCGGCCGGCGGUCAGUGGUUUUAUAUGGCUCUACUCCAUAUUGGCUGUGAUAGUAAUAAGCGCUUGCGGACUGCUUGCGCUUGUCGUCAUACCCCUUAUGCAAAAAAGGUUUUACAAACCAUUGAUCCAAUUUCUGGUGGCGCUGGCAGUGGGAACAUUGGCAGGAGAUGCUCUGCUUCACCUCUUGCCCCACGCAAUGAGCUCGGGUCAUGAACAUGGUGAUCACCAUACUAGUUCUGACGAUGAGAACAUGUGGAAGGGAUUCGUUGCAAUGAUGGGUUUAACCUUCUUUUUUGUUAUGGAAAGGGUUAUUUUGCUUGUAGGAAAAUGGCGCAAACGAAAGCAAAGGAGAAUGGUCCAUUCCCACGUGAGGGUAGUCAAUGAAACAUGUAUGGACAAGUAUAAUUCAAUACCAUACUGUUUUCAAGAUAUUAUGCAAGACACAAAAAAAUACUGUGACGGUGACAAGACGGCGACGACGCUAGUGGAUAUGGGUUCAAAUUCUGAUGGACAAUCGUUCAAAAAAUCGACUUCAGGUAACAGUGAUAAACUCGAAACCAAUCAGAAUUUGACACAAUGUACCUCAGAGAACGCGGUAUGUACUGAAUCCAACAAGAUGCUGCCAGGCAGUGGAGUGAGCAAACGUGACGAUCAUCAAGUGGUAAUCUUGCGAGAGCACGAGUCGUCGCAUCAUGGACAUUCACACGCGCACGGUCACGUACACGCAGCCCCCCAAAACUUUUCAGCAGUAGCUUGGAUGGUAAUCAUGGGGGAUGGCCUUCACAACUUCACGGAUGGUAUGGCUAUAGGUGCUGCCUUCUCUGGCAGUUUGGCUGGAGGUUUUUCUACGACUGUUGCGGUGUUUUGCCAUGAGUUGCCACACGAAUUGGGAGACUUUGCUAUGCUCUUGAAGGCGGGCAUGACGAUAAAACAGGCAGUAUUUUACAAUUUACUUUCAAGUGCUUUGUGUGUUCUCGGCAAUUGCUUUGGCGUUUGGCUGGGAAACACAGCGUCUGCAAGUUCAUGGGUAUUUGCCGCUGCAGCAGGAAUGUUCCUAUACAUUGCCUUGGUGGACAUGAUCCCGGAGUUAAGCUCCGCCCACGAAGACGAAAGCAACGUUACACAAUGCAUUCUACAUCUAAGCGGUUUAAUAUUGGGCGUUGCAAUUAUGUCGCUGAUUGCUUUUUACGAACACGAUCUUAAACAUAUUUUUAAGGAUCCAAAUUAACCGCACAGUUGCUCGUUUAAGUUUUUUACUUUUAUAUUAGAUCACUGGACAAUAAUUAUUUCUUACUUAAAUUAAUAGUUUUUAAGAUUGAUGCAGUACAAUUCAAAUAAACUCUGAUGAUGAAACUAGUUCCUAUAGAAAUUAAUUAAUCUUAAAAAUUGUUUCUUUACAGAUCUUGUUUUAAAUAGAAUUUGUAAUUUUUUUUAUUGUUAUGAUGUAAGUUAAUACAGGAACACGAUUUUACUGGUCACAGAUAACUUAUUUAUUAUUAAUUGUCCGUAACUAUAUUGAAUACUGUUUUUGUUAAUGUAUUAAAUAGCAGCUACUGUACCAAAAUUUUUAGCUAUUGGUUUAAUAAUCUACAGUAUUAAAUAUUAGAAAUUUUCUUUACAUAAUUGCUGAAUACAAUUUUAUUUUGCUUGAAUGUAUAUUUCAGUUUUUUUUAUCUAACUGUAGAUAUGUAAUUAAGGGGAAACACUGGGUAAUGGUUAUGGGCCUAGUUCACUUAUAUACCCACCUUAAGAAUGAAACUCAUGAUAUUGUGAAUAUGUAUCAUAUAAUAUAAAAUAAUUUAUAUUUAAUUUUGAGUAAUUGAAACUUUAAUUUUGAAAUGGGCAGUUACAUUUGUAUUUAAGUGUUUCACAUUAGUUUGUAUAACAAUAAAUUAUUUAAAAUGUUUAAAUGUAUUUUAUUUUAUUUUAUAAAAUGUGUGUCAACACAUACUUUUUACGCGGUUAAGGGAACAAAAAAUAAAAUAACUUGUACAACCACAAGGAAUUAAUUUGUUUUUUACCAUACUAAAACAAACAUCAAAUAAUUGCAUUUAAUGCUACCCAAGGAGUCUCCAUAUAUGUCAAUUCUUUUAUGACAGAAAAGCAUCUAUAAAUUAUUGCUUUGUUAUAAAAAAGUAUUUCCAUUUUAAAUUUGCUAUAUUGUAUGUGCAUUCAAUUUAGGCUAGGGCAAAUGUUAUGUAACAAUGUGCUGAUGCAGAAUACGUUUUUCAAAUUUAGUUACGUAGUUUUUGUGCAGUUCUUGCUGAGUUUAUUUAAAGUUAGUAUAUGUAUAUUAUGUGAUUUAUUGUAAUAUGUUAUAAUGUCCAAUUUGAGUUUAUAUUCAAUAAAUUUAUAUUUCCUGAGUUAA